AUGGACGCUAUUGAUAAACACCGUAGGCUCCUAAAGCAGCACAAUAGAAUUCAUCAGAGUGGAGGUGCUAUGGGGUUGCGUCGUAGUGAACUAGAGCUGCGUAAACUCGUACGACAAGCGAAGGAUAAGUUGAAGCAUGAGAAGGCUCGUCAGAUGCAGUGGCUCGCUGAUACCGAUCAGCUCGGUGACUUUUAUGCUGAGGUACGACAUUUACUCGAUACGUCCUCUAUGGCGAAAGUUACACUGAAUUCAAUUAGCGGUGAAGCGCUUUUUAAAAACAGAGAGGAAAUACUCGAGCGAUGGGCGGAGCAUUUCAACUCCCUACUUAGCGUGGAUCAUUUUGUUGACCGCGUGGAUCACGUUUGCUGCCUACAUCAGCAACCAUUCGCCCUCGAGCUCGAUGAGCCAGUCUCGCCUGACGAGGAAAUAAAUGCGUGGUUGGUAUUGAUUCUAUACCGGGUGAAUUAUUGA